UUCAGUUUUUCACCUCUGAUGCAUUGUUUACGUGGAAGUGAGUUUCGCUUCCGUUUCCGGGUUGUAGAUCCUUCAGGUUGGCACUUCGCUUACUGUGAAGCUCAGCUGCGAUGGCCGUGGUUCCUGCUCAAUCUCUCCGGGUUUCGGAUAUCCGAGAUCCGACGGUUCUGUUCGAGCGGUACAACACCGAGGAGAUACGCGGCAUCGAGCGGAAUGUCCGCGGAGAAGUCGAGCACAAGAAGGAGGAACUUCGUCAGAUGGUGGGCGAACGGUACCGCGAUUUGAUCGACGCCGCCGACACCAUCGGAAGGAUGCGUCAGUGUUCGGAGAGCGUAGUUACGUCCAUCCAGGACAUGCACCGCUAUUGCCACAAACUGAAACAGGGGAAAAGUUCCCCAAAGCAACAGCAAAGAAGAGUAUAUGGCUCCAUUUCCCAGGAGAAGUUCUACACCAUGGCCUCUCAGAUCAAGCUGCUGCUGGAGAUCCCAGAGAGGAUCUGGAGUUCCAUGGAGGCCUCUCAGUACCUGCAGGCCACCCAGCUCUACCUGCUCUGCUGCCACCUGCACAGACAGCUCCACCUGGAGGCUGGAGGACCACAGUACAGCCCCGUCCUCGCUCGCUUCCCCAUCCUGGUCAGGCAGGUGGCUGCUGCUGGACACUUCAGGUCCACCAUUUUGCUGGACAGUAAGUCAGUCCUGCGUGGUCGGGCGGUGUCCGACCAAGCCAUCGCUGAGGCCCUAGUGUCCACCAUGCUCCUAGAGGACAGCUCUCCACGUCAGGCUCUGGCUGACUUCCUGCUGGCUAGGAAGGCUCUAAUCCAACAGCUACUCAACCAGCCACAACAUGGUGCUGGUAUUAAGGCCCAGGUGUGUAGCCUGGUAGAGCUGCUGGUGACCACUCUGUACCAGGCCUACGCUGUCUUCUACGUCGCCCCAGAAGGGAGUCCUCGGCUGGGGGACGGAGGGCUGAGCUCCGGCCUCCUCUUCACCACUCUGGAGAACGUCACCUCCACCACACCUACAGGUAAAGGGAGGCGUGUCCUUCAGGAGGAGGUGAGUACAGGAAGCUGGUUCAAGUACCUCCCUUCCUCCAUCGCUGAGUUCCAGCCCGCCCUCAGAACCCUGGCUCAGCCAAUCAAGAGAGAGCAGCUCAGAGACACCCUACAGCAGUGGAUCAACACCUGUAAGGAAGACAUCUGUAAUUGGUGUCAGCAGUCUGCUGUCUAUGUGAACAGUCUGAAGGGCCUAGCCUCCAUCAGAGAUGCUGUGUGGGACCUCCUCUCCACCGACUCCAUCAGUCAACACUGGAGCUUCAUCUGCCAGCGGCUGUUAGAGCGCCCUACGCUGUGGGAGGACUUCCUACAGCAACUCUUCCUACAACGCCUGCAGGUAACUAGGAAUCUCCCUACAUUGAAACUGUUCCCAUUCAGACAGUGCGAUCACCCCAGGAGGGAUUACAGAGACCCAUCUCCACCAGCUGCAGACAGCUUCCUCUCCUCUGCCCUUCGAGAUCUUAGAGGGGCCAAGCCCACCCCUCCAGCCCCGGUCCACCAGGCUCCAGCCCUCCCCUCCCCAGCCGAGGGGCCUCUCUACGAGGCAGACGUGCCUCCUUUCCUGUGGUCCGAGGCCCAGGGGGACCUACUGAGCCGACGGCGGCCCUGGGUCAGUGGUAUCCCACGGGGCCACAGCACACGGAGCGGCCUGGCCAUGAAGACGUCAGGCCCUGACACCCUGUGUCCAGCACUCUUCUGUUCAUCAACUGGAUGCUGCUCUUCAGAGACAGACUGGACGACCUUGCAGCACUACCUGCCCUCUGAUAACACAG